UGCCAUCUCCAUCUAAACACAAAGAAAUUCACUGCUCGAGAUGUCAAGUUCACAGACUCGCCUGCUCCUCACUCUGAUCUCCGUCGCUCUGCUACUGCUGAGGAGUUCAGGAACAGCCAGAGGGGAGGGGUUGCCAGAUGUAUUACAGGAGAUGAACCCUGAAGAGAAAGAGGAGCUGUCCAGGGCGGUGGUGCUGAAACUCCUGACGGAGCUCCUCCGGGGCGACAGGCCGGCGCUGCCCGGCUUCGAGAGACGUGGCCUCGGGCAGGAGCAGAUGGUUCGUCGGUGGAGCUCCCCACGGGACCGCAAGGCCGGCUGCAAGAACUUCUUUUGGAAAACUUUCACGUCCUGUUAA